AACGCAGCUUGUUUCUGCCCGGACUGUAUUUACAGAAACUCGGGUUGCCAGCUGAUUCGAGCUGUGUAGACGUGUACUAGCCCGUCGCUUGUGGUCUUUAUGUGAUUGUCAAGGCUUUUCAAUCCAGGCAUUUUACACUUGAACAACGGAGUAGUGUGGCUUAUUCCUUUUAUAGAAACAUGACCUCAAUCGAAGAGCUGAAGCUGCGAGUGAGGGAGCUUGAGAAUGAGUUGAUCAAGUGUAAGCAAAAGCGAUGUACGGCGAUGUGUGCCGAGGAAACUGCCGACAACAACCAACCUCAUCACAGACCAAGGAUCGACAAAAUGAGUGCAGAAGUAGUGGAUUCAAACCCUUACAGUCGUCUGAUGGCUUUGAAGCGAAUGGGCAUUGUUGAAGAUUACGAGAAAAUCAGGACGUUCACUGUAGCUGUGGUGGGUGUUGGAGGAGUUGGAAGUGUGACUGCAGAAAUGCUCACAAGAUGUGGCAUUGGCAAGCUCAUCCUGUUUGACUAUGACAAAGUGGAGCUGGCCAAUAUGAACAGGCUGUUCUUCCAGCCUCACCAGGCCGGCCUCAGCAAAGUAGAGGCAGCUGAACACACACUCAGGAAUAUCAACCCAGAUGUGCAGUUUGAGACCCACAACUACAACAUCACCACCAUGGAACAUUUCGCACAUUUCAUGGAUCGCAUAAGUUAUGGGGCGCUUCAGGAAGGAAAGGCCGUAGACCUGAUUCUGAGUUGUGUGGACAACUUUGAGGCCCGGAUGGCCAUCAACGCAGCGUGUAACGAGCUGGGUCAGACCUGGAUGGAGUCGGGUGUGAGUGAGAAUGCUGUGUCUGGACACAUCCAGCUCAUCAUCCCGGGGGAGACGGCCUGCUUCGCAUGUGCUCCUCCCCUGGUGGUGGCGGCCAACAUUGAUGAGAAGACCCUGAAGAGGGAGGGGGUGUGUGCUGCCAGCCUACCCACCACCAUGGGUGUGGUGGCAGGGAUCCUGGUCCAAAACGUCCUCAAGUACCUGUUGAAGUUUGGCACAGUCAGCCAUUACCUGGGCUACAACGCCAUGCAGGACUUCUUCCCCACUAUGGCCAUGAAGGCCAACCCCACAUGUGAUGACCGCUACUGCAGGAAACAGCAGGACGACUAUAAGAAGAAAGAGGCCGAGCGACCAAAAAAGGUUGUAGAGGAGGUGGUGGAGGAGGAAGUGGUUCACGAGGAGAACGACUGGGGUAUUGAGCUGGUGUCGGAGCAGACAGAAGAGGAACUCCAUGCGGCUUCAGGCCCUGUCCCCGACCUCCCAGAAGGCAUCACUGUGGCCUACACCAUCCCUGAGAAGGAGACCGGGGUGUCAGGAGGGGAGACGGUGGAGGAAACGGAACAGAGUCUAGAAGAGCUGAUGGCCCAGAUGAGAAAGAUGUAACCGGGACCAGGAAGACACCUCAACUAUCAGACGGCCAUCCUCAUCGUCGUGCAUCCGCGUAUCUCCGCAACAUUGCAGUGAACCUACCACCCUUUUUUUAAUAACGGAGCAUUGACACCGUACAGUAUACCCCCUGCAAUGGAGCUUUGCAUCUCCACGUUCUUAAAUCAAGCACGAUUUUUCAUACCCACGUACUACAGUAUCAAUACGACUUAAUGCAUGUACUUCUGCUCCUUUGACAUGAAAGGGAAUGCAAUGCAUGGUUAAUGAACUCAAGUGCUGCUGUUUAUGAUCUUCAUAUUCCCCAAGGCUGUAAAUUUACUAGUGUAAGCCUGUUCAAUAUGGAAGCAUAUAACUGUUGAAAUUCAAUUUGAAUUUCAGCAUCGGAGAGCACAAACUGGACGCUGAAAUGUAUGUAAUUAUCUUAAAUAAACUUUUGCUUGAUGUAAUGGACCAGGUACGUACAGAUGUAAGCUAUGUAAUUCAUUAUGCUUGUUGGGCCGAGAGGAAAUACUGUUGUAACACUCAGCGUUGAAUAAGUAAUUGCUGUUAUGGAUAGUCUCAGACCAACAAUUACUACUGUAUGGAAUGCAAAUUAAUUAAAUUGUUAAUGCAUUACAUCCUUUCUUCUUCUAAAACAUGUUGAAUGAUGGCGAAUGAGGCCUAAUGUUUCUCUGCAUGACAAACCUGCCUUAAAUGUAUCUGUUCCAUGUCUAGCUCUGGUCCGUAGUGCGAUAACGAGUGGCCUCUGCUACAUGUUGUGGCGCUAUGGGGCGGCAGAGUAGCCUAGUGGUUAGAGCAUUGGACUAGUAACCGAAAGGUUGCAAGUUUAAAUCCCCGAGCUGUACAAAUCUGUCGUUCUGCCCCUGAACAAGGCAGUUAACCCACUGUUCCUAGGCCGUCAUUGAAAAUAAGAAUUUGUUCUUAACUGACUUGCCUAGUUAAAGGUUAAAACAAUGGACCAGUGCUACUCUCAGCUGUUUAAACUGAUAUAGCUGAAACUGUACUGACUAACUCUCUGUUUCCACACUUUGUUUCAAUAAAGUAUUUAUUAGCCAGUU